GUAGAGGGUAUAGAGGAAGAAGGAAUCAACUAAAAAUGAAGAGCACAAGGAGAGAAAUGGAGAAGAGAUCAGAGAUUGGUUCUGCCAUUGAAGAACUUUCCAUGAUGGUCAUAGUUAAACCUGGUGAAAAGCAUGAGUCUGCUCAUAUCCCCACCAAGCCUUUUGUUUCUGUUUGCUAUUUGGUGCUGCAAGUUCUUGAUAAGAUAGGACCGACAAUGGCUGUUCUGAGACAAGACGUGUACCAGAAUAUUAAGACACUGGAACUGAUGCAUGAGUCAAAUACCUCAGUGAACUCGAAUUUGGUCGAGAUAUUGAAGUCAGAAGCGAAAGAAGGCAAUGCAAGAAAAGGGUCUAGCUGCAGUAAGGCCCUGGUUUGGCUCACUAGGACCCUGGAUUUCACCUCAUCAUUAUUACAGACACUAGCAAAAGACCCUGAAAAGAGAAUGGAGCAAGUAGUUGAGGAGGCUUAUGAAUUAACCUUAAAACCGUGGCAUGGAUGGAUUUCAUCAGCUGCUUUCAGAGUGGCUCUAAGACUGGUACCAGAGAGUAAAACAUUUGUUAAUAUUCUUAGAACUGAUGAGGAAAACUAUGACACCCUGAAGGAGAAAAUGCAGAUGUUGGUUUCUCUGUUUGUUCCUUUUCUUGAGGAUAUCCAUUGUAUUCUAAGAUUGUAUAACUUGGACAAGAUAAAGUCAACCUGAAGUCAGAGAGAGAAUAACUAAUGCUGUGUUUGGUGUAUUCUCGCUUUCUAAAGAGAAAUUAUCAAUGGUUUGAUUGAGACA